CAAUACAAAUAAAGAUAAUUAAUUAAAAUGAGUUCGUAUAUUAUAGCAGGCAGUUCCGAUAAAGUCGAUACAGCCGAAGUACUCUAUCUUCAAGUUAACAUAAUAGUGCGAGAACAUGGCCAAUCUGAUUAGACAAUACUACCCAGAAAUCUCAUUCAAGAUUGUAUUGAAAGAUCUAACUUAAUGGGAAUAAUAUGCUGAUGAGAUCUGCAGAAUAUAUGGAUUUAAAUAAAAGAGCAAUCCCAUCAUAUAUACUAUGGAUGGAUGUCUUAUUGGAGAUAGAAAUGUACAACCAUGCAAAUCAUCUAGGCAUUUAUUUCAUUGGCAGAAAGUAGAUUCGGUUUCUCUGAUCCAAAAUUAAGACAAGGUCCUAUAACUCCUGAUGUCAAUAAGAAAAUAGCCAAACAAGAAUUGGAUCUAAAGUUAAAAUUGCAGAGAGGCAAGAAAACUUUAGUAGAGAAAAUAGAAUAACAGAUGCUCAUUAUCUAUUCAAAUAAUAUUGUGUAGCCUACAGAUGGCGUAUUCAAAUAGUCAUUUAAAAGUGGUGUCAAAGAAAAAUUGAAGACUUGGUAUGAUUCACUAAAUAAUCUAAUACGAACAGAUGUGAAACGAAAUUUGUCAACUGACAGUAUUUACUCAUCUAGUUUUCGAAAUGGAAUGAAGGUGAUUCCUCUCUUUUAUUCUAGUUUCUCUAUAAGUUCGAUGAUAGAUUGAGACCAAUCAAAAAGUUAUAAGAAUCUCACUAUUUCGAAGAAAAUAAGGAAACCAUUCAAGAAUCCAAUUAUGUAGAUGUAGAAGUCAAGGAGGAUGGUAAAUUCGUAAUCAAACAAAUCUUAUGGUUUAGUGAAACAGCCAGGUUCCUUACUUUAGAAUAAGAAUAACUCUAAUAACAACUACAAGAAUUGGCAUAACAGAGAGAGAGGGAACAAUCUCAUAAGAAUAGUAAUAUAUUAUCUUAUCUUAUUCAGGCAUGAUCUCACCUGAUAUCAGAAGAGACACUAACGAAUUAAAUGAUACCAACUCAUCUCCCAAGGCAACUAUUCAAACUCAACCCAUUGUUGAAUAACCUAACGAAGAGGGGGAAUUAGAUGUCAUCAAAAAUGAUUAGGUUGAAGACCCAUUAUAGACUGAUCAAUAAGGUGCAGAUUAAUAAUAGGAAUAAAUCAAUCCUAAUAAUGAACAAUAAGAAUUAGAUUAAGUCUAAUCGAUUGGCGGUGGACCAGUUAUGGAUUUACAGGAAGAUAUUGAAACUAUCCUAAACAAUAAUUAAGAAAAGCCUGAUAAAAUUGAUGUCUCAGAAUUGUUUGUCCAUAAAUUUAGAAAUGACUAUGCCUUAAUUUUGCAUCCAUUCCCGUUAAUGGAUGGUUAAAUGUUGUUAUGCAAACCUGUUGAUAACCAUAUAGAUGAUUAUAGUUGUAUUAAAAGAGGGAGAAUAAAUUCAUACAAGAAAAGCAGUGCAUAAACAAAUUGUGAAGGAUUGUACGAGCACUAAUUAGAUAUAUUUAAAUCAAUUACCAUCUAGGAUUGUGAAAUAGUCACAAAAAUCAUUAAUAAAUGUGAUGCUUUGGUUGUUUUGAAUAUCCUUCCAUAGGAUUUAGAAUCUUUUUUACCGUUAUCAAAUGGCCACUAUUCAAUUAUUCUAAGAUAACACGCUGAACUGAAUAAAGCCAAUAAGAAACUGUUUAAGUUUCUGAAUGAGAAGAAAGUAUAAGUCAAUUAUAAACAAUUAAUGCCAAUUGAAGAAUUUAUUCUAGAUCAAAGAAGUUAGUGUUAUGAAGUUCAAAGAGAAGUGUUCAAACGUAAAAUUAACAUAAUAAUAAUGUAGUUAAAUCUUUGGAUAUUCAUCAUUAUUUUGCAUUCCCUCCUUAGAUUCUAACAGCAGAAUCUGUGAUGGAUAUAAUAUUAAAGAUAUUGUCAAUAAUAAUGGAUUAUGAUCAUAGUAUUAUUAUUCUUAAUAUCUAGCUGCUGCUCUAAAAAUGGGAUUCAAUUUGUUAAUAAGCAAACACUUAAUAUUUUUAUGUCCAACAUUUUCCAAUUAUGAUAAUAUAGAUGGAUUUAAAUUGCAUCUUCAAGCUUUUACAGCUAUGGGCUUUCUCAAUCUACCAUCAGGAAGUUCCUCAAUCAAUUUCUUUGAUUUAUUGUAAAAAGCGCAGGAAAAAAUUUAAUAAUGA